AUGGAACAAGCCAAGGAGGGAAACGCCACAGAUAGCUCAUCUGAAGCCAUUUCAUCUCAAAGCCACUAUACCGAUCUUCUCUCCAAACUUCCAUCGAGAGAGGGUUGGACAGUGCCACUGGUGCUCUACAAGAAAUUCUGGCUCCGUCCGCGAUUGGCUAUUAACAUCAUGCACCUCCAGACCAGUUUUAACGCUCGCCAAGAUGAUAUCAUCAUUGCAUCGAACCCUAAGUGCGGCACCACAUGGAUGAAGGCGCUCGCCUUCGCAAUAACAAAUCGUUCUAGGUAUGAGUUUGGAAAUCAUCCUCUUCUCUCUCGUCAUCCUCAGGAGGUGAUUCCAUUUAUCGAGAUCCCUCUUGGUGUGGAGCUGACUUACGUGGAUACGCUCUCUUCCCCAAGAGUUCUCGCCACCCAUAUGCCCUUUUCAUUGCUCCCAAACUCCAUAACUACUUGUGGUUGUCGGAUUGUGUACAUUUGCCGAGGGCCAAAGGACGCGUUUGUGUCUCGAUGGCAUUUUGAGAAUAAGAUUAGUAGAGAAUAUAGCAUCAACGUGAAAGAUGCUCUUGACAUGUUCUUUGAAGGUUUCUCACCCUAUGGUCCUUUUUGGGAGCACUGCCUCGAGUACUGGAGGGAGAGCAUCGCAAGUCCUGACAAGGUUCUUUUUCUCAAGUAUGAGGAUAUGACGUCAGAACCAGUGAAGUGUGUCAAAAGGAUCGCAGCGUUCCUUGGAGUCCCAUUCUGUAUUAAGGAAGAAGAAGAUGGGGUGCCUGAGAAGGUUGUGAAGUUAUGCAGCUUUGAGAAGCUUAGCGGCUUGCAUGCCAAUCAGGUAGGAGACAUCGUUCGACGCGACAACAUGGUCAUUGACAAGUCGGUGUUCUUCAGAAAAGGAAUGGUGGGGGAUUGGGUGAAUCACAUCAGCGAAGAGAUGGGGAGAAAGAUAGAUUGCAUUAUGGAAGAGAAACUCAAGGGAUCUGGCCUUGUGUUUUAA